UCAUUUGCAACCACGCCCAUUUUACAUUGCUGGCCACAUGGAUGGCAAGAGGGUUGCUCUUCUCUGUAUUGCUGGAGUCUUGGGGAGUGCUUUCAUUGGAUAUUGCAUUUAUUUUGAUCGUAAGAGAAGGAAUGAUCCUGACUACAAGAGAAAAGUCUUAAAAAAAAGAAAGUCUACUCUAAGACAGAACUCCACAAAAGUGAUAGAUCUCAAUGAUCCUGCAGUUCGUGAUCAGUUCUUGGCGAGUCAGUUUGAAUUGGCCAAUCAAAAAAUGAUGGAAGGUGAUAUGGAGGCCAGCAUCAGCCAUUUUAUAAACUUUAUCCAGUUUUCUUCUAAUCCUAAAGUUGCUCUUGGAACAUUGCAGCAGAUCCUUCCUCCUGCUUUAUUUAAAGCAAUCAUUGAGACUUUUGCAGCCGUAAUGAAAGCAAAAGAAAGAAGUGAACUCCCAAAGGAUGAUGUAGACUGAAUGUGUAUAUACUUUUGUUACAGUAUUAUGCAAUAGAAUUCUGUAUCAUAAAAUGGAAUUAUUCCCGUAUUAAUUGUGAUAAUAUUUUUGCUAAUUGUAA